AUGCAAAAUUCAGAAGUCCUUGUUCCACAGUUCCUACUGCUUCCAUUGGAGGUCCUAGACUUGGUAUUCAGUUAUAUCCCCACAAUCUAUUUGUUGACGUAUCCAGAAAUACCCGGUUUAAACGAGGUUUUGAGAAACGCAUUGAAUGAUAGACACAUUGAAGUCUCCAUCGGUAAAAAAUUAAUCGUGGAACAAGAGGAAAAGUUCUAUAGUUGGGGGAACUGGAACAAAGAACCAAUUGGGGAUGAGACAAGGUUGGAUCUGCGCUUUGUGACAGAUGUUAACGAUGACCAUCUCAUUAAGUUUGAUGAAGACGAUUGUACCGAGAGGUUUCUAGACUUCAUGUACAGACAUCCUCUUUUGAAACCUAAAGUAAUUAUCAAUGGAGUUGAUAAUUUAAAGCGGUUGCUUAACAAGGAUCCUUCAUGUUUUGAACAGAUUCUGAGCCUUUCAUUCGUCAAAGGUCUGAUAGAAAAUCAAGUGGAGUUCUUAGAGACGGCUUGUUGCAUCCCAUAUCCCAUCAACUGUCUUGGUACAUUGGAUGAUCUAAGUAUUCUUAGACUCUCCAAAUCAGUUGAACUGUUGUAUCUACUCUUAGAAGAUCAAAGCAAUCUACAAUCCUUGAAAUCACGAGAACAGGAGCUAAAAGAACUACGCUUAUUAAGCCCAAUGGCGGUUGGUGAUUUGAAGUAUUUGCCAAACUCAUUGAAGACCUUAGAGAUAUCAUUGGAAUUGAAUAGCCAAAGGUGUAGUCCCAAUUUACCACAUACAUUAGAAACCCUCCUAGUGAAGUUUUCUGGAGGAUGGGAGAUUAAAGAAUUUGAUGUUUCUGGUCUUAAUAAUUUGAAGGAAUUGAAGCUAGAAAAUUUCUAUCUGGAAACGCUCAGGCUGUUAAAAGGUCCUAAAGAUCUAGAGAGCUUGAUAGCUGCUUCUCACCACUUAACGUCAUUGGAUAGCAUAGACCAAUACACUAGGCUCAAGCAACUUCAACUAAGAAUUAUGCGGGCGAAAGCUCAUUCAAUCUUGAGUUGCACUUUCCCUGAUAGUUUACAAAAGCUUGGUUUUGAGUGGUGGCUGGGAUCCAUCGUAGAUUAUGAGACAGAUUAUCUUGAAGAAGAGCUUCCGAUUUCCCUACCGUCAAAUCUCCAGGUGCUUCACGUUUUCACAGACUCUGACUUGCUUAGUAGGAACGCGUGGAAUUUCCCACAAUCAUUAAGGGUCCUUUCGUUGAAUAUGCUGAUUAUGCCACCAGGGUUUCAACUUCCACCUAAUUUGAUAGCACUUUCGAUCCUGCAGUGCGUGAAUGACCGAUUGCCACUGGCGUUACCCAAAUCAUUGGUUCGACUUAGUACGUCCGUAUUACCACCUAAUAGAUUCUGUUUAACUCGCUUGACUAACUUGACUUAUCUUCGAUUCACGUUUGUUAGACAAUCAAUAGAUUCCUUUAAUUGGAGGUUACCAACUAGCUUGAGGAGAUUGAAAGUCCAACAGCAUCAAAUGUCGGAUUUUAAGGUAAGUUUGCCACAUCUAAAAUCAGUUGGGUUGUAUGUGACGUCUCCUGGAAAUUUUAGGAUAUGUGAACUACCUGAUUCAGUAACUGAUGUUACAAUCUAUGCGCCGCAAUUUCAAUUCGAGCGUCUUGUCACAGGUAAAGAGAUCCACAAACUUCCACCAAAUUCGAAAACUCUUGAUCUUCACAGCAACUUUUUGGAUCCUGAAUCGCUUAGGCUGUUGCAAUUGGAAAACUUUCAGCACUUAUGGUAUGUCAAUUUAUAUUUCAACAGGAUCAACGAACUUGAAACUGGAAUGUUUCCUAUUUCACUAGAGAUAUUAAUUCUUCUGAAGAAUACCUUAGAAAGAGUCGACCCUCACGUAUUCAAAAACCUACCUCGUCUACAAUAUCUUUAUUUGGAACAAUGUUUCUUGGGUCUCUUCUUGGAUAUGGACCAUCCAUUGGAAUUUCCUAGUCGUUUAAGGUUCAUUCAAUUAGCCAACAACGGUCUUGAACAUAUGGAGGUAUUUCAGUUCCCGGCAGAGAACAUGCUCAGAAGAAUAGAUCUUCGGUCCAAUAGAUUCGAAGGUGAAGGAGCCAUACUCGAGCAAUUGAGAAACAAAUUGGGUCAUGAAGUGGUUAUCGAAGUUUAG